GAAACGUUCUAAAAAAGACGUUUAAAUAAUUAACAAAAAAUAAACCGCACAAAAGUAUGUUGAUCCACAAGUGUGUGUAUAUUUUUAUAUUUUUUUUAACGUUACAAGUUGACAUUUUACAUGGUCUGUCAUGUCCACUUUGCAACCGAAGGGAAUGUCCAAAGCCUUGUUGUGAAGGCGGUUUAGUAAAGGAUGCAUGCAAUUGUUGCGAUGUGUGUGCCAAACUCAAAGGAGAGCGGUGUGGUGGCCCAUUUGGAGGGCAUGAGUGUGAUACGGGCUUACACUGCCAAAGGAAGGAACCAUACGGAGACGGUGCUGUAAACAGCGCUGGUUUCUGCGCUGAACCAGGAUUAAAAUGUGCUUUUGGUGCUGCAGACAGCUAUACAGUUAAAGAUUGUAAUUCAACCGAAAAUAUUUGUUAUAAUGCAAGCGUUACGGACACAUCAAUCAAUUCCACCUCUUUCAAGGGAUGUGGCAUAGCUAAAAAGAAUUGUGAUAUCUGUAAAACAAAUUCUGAUUUCAUUGGUAAAAACUGCACGGCAACGUGCUGCGGAUUCAAUAUGUGCAACAGAAAUACAACAACAACACCAAUACCAACAGUUACUCCUGCAAGAUGUAAUAAUGGAAGCUUAAUUACUCAAUCGUUAAACAAUACCUUGCCGUGGGCAUACCUUAUCUUGUUUUGCAUUUAUGCUAUACGUAUCAAGGAUAACUAAUCAAUCGCCCCUGUUUAGUAUAGUACAAAUAGUUUUUGUUUAAAAAUUUUAAUGUAAUAUUGUUAUCUAUUUUUCUUUGAAGUUU